CCGCGGAAAUAGUGUAAUGCCCAUGGCGUUUUCAUCGAACCCCUUAUCUCUGAGCGUCCCGGACGCUGCCUUCGAGACAUGGCUCCGGGACACCGGCUACCUCGAAGUCGUCGACCAGCGAACCUCCGAUCUCCACCGUCUCUCCUCCGGCGGCGACUCGUCCUCCACCACCGCCUCAAUCCCCUCCAAUUCGUUCUUUUUUGUCUCAAUCUUGUCCCACCUCGGAACCCUACUCUCCCUCUUCACUCUCAACCCCUUCUCCAAGCUCACCUCCGAUGACUUCUCCGGCCCCACCCCCUCCUGGACCCUCGCUUUCGUGGGUUUCUGCGACUCCUAUUCCUUUCCAUCGUCGUCGUCCCAGGCUCGCCUAAGGGUCCACGAGAACGUCAAGCGCUAUGCUCGGAACUACGCGACUCUGUUCAUUAUCUGCUUCGCCUGUUCAUUGUAUCAGAUGCCCAUUGCUCUAGUUGGGUUGAUUUCAAGUUUGGCACUUUGGGAUCUGCUCAGGUUUUGCAGUGAUAAAUGGAGAGUGGAUCGAUACCCUGUUGUUCGGCAAGCUUUGAUUCACACUGUCCAAUGUGCAACUGCAGUCGUUCUCUUCUGCUCCAACGUUCAAUUUGCACUCUUCUGUGCUCUUGGUGUCAGUUAUGCAGUGAUGAUUUUACAUGCCUCAUUUCGGAAGCUGACUCCUGCAAAGCAACCUACCCCGGCAAGGUAGAAUUAGGUUUCAUCGAUGUACAGGAAAACAAGCCUGUAUACUCACUGUAUACUUAGGUUACAUCCCCUUCUUUUCCUCAGCUUUAUUCUCUUUUUUCUUGUUUGCCUACCAAAAAAAACCAACGAUGCAGAGAGGCAAGGUCAAUUUUGCUUCCACCUUUCUCUUGUACAAACAUUCGUGCCAUUUGUAAGAGUUAUGGAUCAAAAUGUUUCAUGGGGGUGGAUCUUUAUCCAGUAGUGUUGAUUAGUUCUCUCAUGGAAGAUUUUUCGUGGCCCAAGGCAGGAAUCGGUCAUCUGCUAGAACUGUUGUCUGCUGACAAAAAUUGUAUUUGUUCACUUCAUAAACCUUAGCUUGUAGUUGGUAGUUUAAUGUAAGACAGGACUAUUUGAACAUCAGUUUCAGCUCUUUGGUCAAUUCUCAA